AUGGGAAGACGAAAGCUGGAGAUCAAACGAAUUGAGAACAAAAGCAGUCGGGUCACCACUUUCUGUAAACGACGAAAUGGUCUCAUGGAUAAAGCUCGUCAGCUCUCCGUUCUCUGCGGAUCCUCCGUCGCUGUGGUCAUCUUCUCCUCCACCGGAAAACUCUAUAGCUUAUCCUCUGGCGAUAGCAUGACAAAGAUCCUCAGUCGUUACGAGACACAACGUGCUGAUGAUCUUAAAACCUUUGGUCCAAAAACUCGGAAUUAUCUUACACUUAAGGAGUUGCUUGAAAUAGUCGAACGCAAGCUUGAAGAAGCGAAAAGAGAUGAUAUAAGUGUAGAGUCUCUAAUUUCCCUGGAAGAGCAUUUUAAUACUUCUCUGUCUAAAACUAGAGCUAGGAAGACAGAACUAGCGAUGGAGAUGGCGAAGACCCUUCAAGAAAAGGAGAAGAUGUUGAGGGAACAGAACCAGGUUUUGGCUAGCCAGCUAACAACGAUUGAGGAGAAGAAGUUUGUGGAAACAGAGGAUGAAAGAGCACCGAAGACUCUCUCGCUUCUCAAGUAA